AUGGCUGUGCCCACCGAACCCAUCGAUCUGCUCUGCGGUUGGCCCAACCCCGCGCUCCUCCCCGCCCCAGAUCUCCUCCGCUCCGCCACUACCGUGCUGACCGACCCCUGCAUUGCCCACGCCGGUCUGCUGUACGGCCCCGAUGAGGGCUAUGAGCCUCUUCGUGUCCACAUAGCCAAGUGGCUGGAGGGCUGGUACCAACCACGCGAGUCCAUCCACCCCCACCGUAUUUGCAUCAGCGGCGGGGCCAGCCAGAACCUCGCCUGUAUCCUCGCCGUCUUUACCGACCCCCUAUACACGCGCAAUGUCUUUAUGGUCGAUCCAACAUACCACCUGGCGGGCCGCAUCAUGGAUGAUGCAGGCUUUGCCGGGCGAGUACGCGGGGUACCGGAGGAUGACGAGGGAUUCGAUCUGGAUGUCUUAAAGAAUGGGCUCCACGAGGCCGAGGAGAAGGCUCAAGCGGAAGGAAACACGGAACCGAAAUUGAAACCUGUCCGACCGUGGCGCAAAAUCUACAAAUAUAUCAUUUACGCCGUUCCGACAUUUGCCAACCCUUCCACCAAGAUUAUGUCCCUGCAUCAUAGGGAACAAUUGGUCCGGAUAGCUCGCAAAUAUGAUGCACUUCUGGUAACGGAUGAUGUCUACGACUGCCUGCAGUGGUCUGCGAUCCGCGGGGAGAAAGCCCCUGAACACGCGUGCAUGCCCCGACUGGUGGACGUCGACCGGUACUUGGACGGGGGUCUGGCGGAUGAAUGGGGCCACGCGAUUAGCAACGGCAGCUUCAGCAAACUGAUCGGACCCGGGGCCCGCACCGGGUGGGCGGAGUCAACGGAAAAGGUUGCCUUCGGAUUGUCCCAAGUAGGAUCGUCUCGGUCUGGUGGAGCUCCUUCACAAUUAUGCUCCACCAUUAUUGAUCAACUACUACCCUCGGGCUUCCUGAAAAAACACAUCUCGCAGGUACUGCAACCCGCAUAUGCAGAGAGGUACCACGAUCUCUCGGCUGCCAUUCAGGAACAUCUGGUUCCCCUUGGAGUGAAGGUCGCGACACCAUCUACGAAUGUUACCGGUGGGUAUUUCAUUUGGAUUACCCUACCUCCCCCGCUGCGCGCUGUAGAUAUCGUGGAGCGGGCCCAGAAGGAACAAAAUCUGCGUUUGGCGCGUGGCGAUCUUUUCCAGGUGGCGGGUGAAGCGUCAGGUCCGGCGGAUCGCUUUGGAGACAAACUUCGCCUCUGCUUUGCGUGGGAAGAGCCGCGUCACCUGACCGAGGGAGUGCGUAGGCUCGCACGCGUCCUGCAGGCCGUCGUAUAG